UCCCUUCACUCCUCUCUUUUUUUUUAUCAUCCCCCUGGCAUUAUUGGUAACCCUUCUUGUGUUCAGGCAGCUGAGCGUUCAACGUAUUUUCUUGUUCUCUUUCUUCUUGUCUUCUUUCUUUUUCUUCUUCUUCUUCUUUGUCUCUUAAACAACAUCCACCCUGUAGUCCCCCUUCCCGGCAACACGACUUUGCCUCUCCCUCCCAUUGUACCCUGUACCUGAAUUUCUUUAUUCCUCAUUCACUUGCCACUCCCUUCCCACUUCCAACCUCUCACUUCUCCCUUUCCCCCUUCCCUCCUCCCCUUCCAUCUUAACGUUUCUUCUCAAAACUCUCCAGAAACCAUUUCGCUCUAACGUUCUCUCUCCGAUAAGCAACAUUCAAAUCCAUUCACCAGCAUCAACAGUAUCAACAGCAUCCGCUCGCAAUCUUCUAUACCACUCACCUCUUAACACUUAGCAAUAAUAAUGAUAAUGACUACCACAACAGCAACCUCGUCGCUAGCCUCGUCAGCGUCCUCCAUCCCACUCGCCAAACCUUCACCACGACCCGUUACCCCUACCCCUUCAGAUUCCCUCACAGGACGGCACCUGAUCUAUCGAGGAUUGAUCAAGAGCUCGAUGGAAUACAUGUCCCUCUCACAUUCCAACAAGCAACCUGAGGCUGCACACACCCUCAAAGGUGAGAUCUUGAUUUCUGGCCGCCAUAACCCAGGAUACAUCCAAUACUGCAUCACCCUCGACCAGGACUGGAUGACACGUCGGGUGCUUCUCACUGCCAUGUUCGAUAAAGGUCCGGAGAAGCGACUUUUACUGGAAGUGGACCAAGACCAACGAUGGUACAAGGUGACGGAGCACCGCCUCGCAAGGUCGCGUAGCUUCUUCCGCUCCGGUGUCAAUUCGCCAGCUAUCUCCACUGCGGCAGCAGCCUCGUCUCCGAGGUCACUGGGCUUGAACAGAGAGAACUGCGGUUUGGAGGAGAGCAACAGCAGUUGUGUGGGCAGGACCAGUACUGAUAGCAUUGGUAGUUCUAUGAGCAUGCAGGAUGCCGAGACUAGUUUCUCGGACGCAGCUAGCUGUUGCUCUUCUUCGUCCUUUUCGUCGUCAUCCUCCGAUUUGGAGUGCUCGAUACCGUUCGAGAAGAUCAACCUGACAUGGACCCCGCCCCCAAAGGGCUCCAAGAGAGGCUCCAAGCGGUUUUCGUCCUUUAAUCCGUUGAAGGAGGUCUUGCCGUCGCUUUCUGCCCCAACAACAACGACAACAACAACGACAACAACAACAACAACAACAACAACGACAACAACAAUGACAGCAACGACAUCAACAGCAGCUGCAGGUCUAGCGGCAUCUGCGACGAUGUCGUCCAGCAAAUCUUGUACGACCUCGCCAACAACCCCGACUGAGACCCCGACAAGUCAGCCUGUUGCCCCAUGUCUGCCCAAAGCGCUGUAUUCCUCUUCUUCUUCCCUAUCCAAUGUUGUGUCUCCCGAAAGACCCACGAUAGCCUUGAGGAGCCCCGUGAUCGAGUUUGCAAACAGGACCCUUUCCAAGAGCAGCUCCUCAUCGAGUUUGAACGGAUCAACAGGGUUCAAGACGUAUGAGCAUUUGCCGGCGCUGGACGGAUGUAUCCACCUGGAUUUGGGAGGCGGUGUCAGUCCCAGUACGCUUCUGCUGCCUCUGCGACGGGCGACGUUGGGGAUCGAUCCUGACGAGAUGCGGGAUCAUUUGGCGAAUUUGAUGUCUUGUCCGUCCGCGGUGACCUCUGAGCUGACGGCGAUGGUGUCGUUCCCGGACCUGGAGCUGCGACCGGUGCGCACACAUGUGGCCUAUGUGGGACAGGGCAGUAGCGAUACACUGAGCAUUGUCGAGUGCUGGACGGAUGAGGACGACGACGACAGCGACUCGACACUGGUGGAGGUGGAUGAGGAUGGACUGGUGGUGCGCUAUGGCGAUGCCUGGGCCAGGAUCCCGACCUGCUGAAGACUGGAGAGCAACUGUUUUUUUUUUUUUUAUCAUAGACUCUAUACAAAUGGUUCAUAGGCAUUGAGCAUAGAAAAAAAAA